AAAUUCAGAAGCGUGCGAGUUUUUAAGGCAGAUUUACAAUAAAGAGGAAUGAUGCGUUGGAGCUGAGCAGGAUUUCUUUUCUAGACAUUCGUUCCCUUUAGUGUCCAAGGCGCUGGUGGGAAACGCCCAGCGUGUCGCCACGUAAAGAGGAAGGGUGACAAGCCUCUUCAAAAUGGCCACGACCAUAGAGAGUAGCGGUGUUGGCGCGGCGAAUAAGAAAAAACACCUAGGAAUCCCUGAAGCGAUAUUUGUGGAAGAUGUCGACUCCUUUAUGAAGCAGCCUGGCAAUGACACAGCAGAUAUGGUACUAAGGAAACUUGAUGAACAGUAUCAAAAAUACAAAUACAUGGAACUCAACCUGAGUCAGAAGAAACUGAGGUUGAAAAGCCAGAUUCCACAAAUCAAGCAGACAUUAGAAAUCUUACGACACAUGCAAAAGAAAAAGGACACUACAGACCCCAUGGAGACACACUUUCUACUGGCAGAUAACGUGUACUGCAAGGCUUCUGUCCCACCCACAGAUAAAGUGUGUUUGUGGCUCGGGGCAAAUGUAAUGUUGGAGUAUGAUAUAGACGAAGCACAGUGUCUCCUGGAGAAGAAUCUUGGCACAGCUUCCCGAAACCUGGAGACCCUAGAAGAAGACCUGGACUUCCUCCGAGACCAGUUCACCACCACCGAAGUCAAUAUGGCACGUGUCUAUAACUGGGAUGUGAAAAGGAGGAGCAAAGACAGCCUUCUUAAAUCAUCUGAGCGGUCUUAGAGGAGGGCCACGGGUCCCUCAGAGUCCACCCACAAAUCUUUGUUAGUAAAAACACCCCCCAUGUGUCUACCUGCCUCUACACUGUUGUCUGUUGAUUUGUUACUUUUAAAGUAUUUUUUCAAGUAAAAAGGAACAAAAAAUCAAAACAAAAUUCACAAUGUCAGUUUUCUUUUGUAUUCUAUUUAGUAUAAUGAAAUGUUUUUGCAUCCUGCAAUAUUUGCCAGGUUCUCCCGCAGUCCACCCUUUUUAUGUAUGUUUUGAACUGGUCUAGCGUUCAGGACUCUGAGGAAAAUGUACUAGUUGUGGUAUUCCUUUUGAAAACCCUGGGGCAGCUCGAGCCAUGGGGACAGGACAACAUGAACGCUGUGGGCGACUAGAGCGAAAGGGGACGUCUUUGUUCACUGGUCCAUUUUCCAGUCUCUCUUGACCCAAGCCUAAUGAUCCCUCAGCUCUCGCCACCUCCGGAAGACCGGGCUUUUCCUUUCCUGUGUGUGUUUGUUUUUGUUGUUUUUUUCUCUCCUCCCCUCCACUGUUCCAUCUGUAUUUAUUUGUCACCAUUGUAUCCAUUAAAUACUGAAUGAGCAACUCGUAAUGGAACCUUUGGGGAAAGACAGAAAAUGGAUGAAAUGGUCUGUUUUAAUGUGUUUCCCCAUUAUUAGUAGUAUAAAUAAUCUCUGGAAAAA